CUUCUAUAAUUUCUUGAAAGAUGACGUAAAUCCAGUCCUACAUUGGCUCUGCUUUCUUGACCUCUGUGUGUUUGGCUGCGACCUACCACCUUAGGUUAAUGCUCGUCCUCACUGAUCACUACUAUUUUGGGAAUAUUAACCUUUCUUGUUCAAGGUGACAUUCAAUCUACAGCCAUGUAACAUCCUGUUGUCUCUGCAUGGGCAGGUUCGACUACUGCAAGUUCAUUGAGCUAGACUACGUCCCAAUGGAGACGGGUUACAUGGUCUCGAUGCGGCCAACAAAAGGCUAUGCGUCUUCAAAGACCCCCUCUAAGAGCUAUGCCUCCACCAAGCGGCCAUCAGCUCCGGCCAGUAAUAGAGAUCCGUUUGUCAAUGCCACCCACAGUAGCAGCAGUGGCUCAUGUAAGGGCAGUGACUGCAGCCCUACCAAGGGACGUCACCAGAAGUACACGUCAUGCACGGAUAACCAUGGACUCCGGCCUCCUCCCCCAGAGCAGUACCUCACCCCCCUACAACAGAAGGAGGUGUGUAUACGACACCUGCGGGCCAGGCUAAAAGAGACCGUCGACAGACUGCAGGACAGAGACACGGAGAUCGAUGAGCUUAGAGGCCAGCUGUCAAGAAUGCAGGAGGACUGGAUCGAGGAAGAGUGUCACAGGGUGGAGGCCCAGUUGGCCCUGAAAGACGCGCGGCACGAGAUCCAGCAGCUCAAGGAUGUUGUUGAAACCGUUCACAAUAGCCUGAGUGAUGCCGGGGGGCUUAGUGGGGAUGAAGGGGUCCAGAAGUUCUUCAUGGAAAUUAAUGCCCAGAACCACAAGCUGGAGAACCUACUGCUCAACAUGGAGAUAGCCCAGACUAGCAUGGCCAAGGAGGGUGAGGCCCCUGCUUCUGUAUCGGGGGAGAGUCCCGGAGCCAUUCCAAGACCUCCAUUUGGAGGAAGGGCAGUGUGUUCAUGUGAUGUGUCUCCUGCCAACUCGCUGAAACGGAGCUCCACAUACAACAAGCUGAGCGAACAAGUAUUUGCAGACCGAAGAAGAAAGGGUUCAGGGCUUCGUUGCAUGUCCGGGGAUGGCACUCAGGACAGUGACUUUGUGUGCUGCGGGGAAAGCAACAUCCCUAGCCGAGCUGACUUGCUGCUGGAGGCCGCCUUUCUGUCAGAGGAGACGGCCUCAUUACUCAACUCUUACUCCCAGAUGCCCCACUCUUCCACCUAUGAGAAGCUGUGCACAGGGGACCGUCUGUCCCCAUUCCAUCGUGCCCUGGACGGAGUGAGCAGUGUUAGCCACCCUUGCUUGUAUCACCACCACCUCUACUUGCACCACCUGCGAGAGAUGGGCAUCCAGACAGAAAGCUGCCCUGUUCCCACCACAACUGGUAACCCUUCUGACCUGGACACCAUCACAGAGCAACGCACUUUCCACUCACAGGCCUGCAGUCCCACUUCCACCUGGAUGUCGGAUGAGGGUGAAGAAGAAAUGGAUUCCAUUACCACAAUAACCGCAGCCAAUGAACCAAUCACUGUCUCCAAAACUCUUCUGCUUUCAGCCAUACCGCAGUCGUCCAUGAUACCCUGCUCCAUUGAGAUUCCUCAUUACGGCAAGGGGGAAGUUGAAGGAGAGGCAAAACAGGAAAAUGACGAAAAAGAGAAGGAAACUUGUAUAUUAGAAAAACCAACAGAGUUUGUGGAGAGGUUGUCCCACGCUUCUGAGAAAGGAAUAGAUUUAGAACCAGAAAGUUUGGAUGAAAACACCUAUGUGCAAUCUAGGCAGGGAAACACCUACUCUGAACAGAAGAAAUAUAUGGACGCGGUAGAGGGAGAUUUACCAAAAGUAGGGUGUGAGGGUAGUCUCGAAUUAGGAGGAUGCACUAGAGAAGUCCAGCCAGGAGAGAUUAGGGAGGGAAUCCCUAGUAGUUGUAGUGAGACACGGCUGGAGUUGGAGGAAUUAAAAGUAUGCCCACAGACAGAGGCAACACCGGACAAUCCAAGUAACCCAGGGAUGUCACCAGGUGUAGAAAUGCCUCAUACUUCCCAGCCAAAGAGAUGUACCACCCAAGAACAGAUAGUGGGCUUCACCAGAGAGAGGAGCCAUAUUGAAGACAGUGCAGAACUGGAUUCUGAAAAACAGGGAGCCAUAGGUGGUAAUGUAGAACCAGAACCUGCGGCAGACUCUGGUACAGUUCAGAAAAGCUACUGGAGCCGCCAUUUUCUUGUAGACCUCCUUGCGGUGGCUGUACCGAUGGUCCCAACGGUGGCGUGGCUCUGCCGUGGCCCUGUCCGCAAUGGACAGCCCAUGUAUCACAUCGGAUCCCUGCUGCGUGGAUGCUGCACUGUAGCCUUACACUCACUGCGCCGGGGGGGCGGCCUGAGACACUACCCUGCAGGCGGGGGGGACCUUGGGGGAACAUCCAGGAGGGUGAAGCCCUCUCUGAGCAGCGAUGUGUUUAAUGUCCACGUCCGGAAUUACGUAAGUCUUACAGAGAUCUCCAACUCGGGCUCGGACUCCGACUCCGACUCUGCGCCCGAGGCCCCGGGAGGAGACGUGGGUUGUGCCAGCCCGGAUAACACUUACGAAGACCUCCAGCCCCCGGCCCCCGCCUCCGACUCUGCGGGGGCGAAAGCCUAG